AGUUUGGCGAAGAGGGGCAGUAUAACUGCAUAGACUACUCCAAACACUGUUCCGUAGGCGGUGGCAUAUCCAUAACACUGGCGGUGGUGUCGUCGUCGAAAGAAGCUUAAAGUACGCUAACCGCAUUCGAUCAGAUAGCAUUCUCUUGGCAACCAACACCUCGGAUGUGGGGCAAUGCAAUCCCUCUCCCACCUCGCACCACUUGCGACAACUCUACUCUCCCGUCUGUCUCCACCCGGAAUGCCUCUAUCCCCGCAUCCUGGACUGGACCCUCUGAACGGGCACCUUGAGGAUGCAGGGGGCUCUCGUCCUGACUCGGCCGCUGCCAUGCAUGCCCCACCUCAUGAUGGGAUGAUCAUCUCUCUGAUCCAUUCUUACUGGGGAUAUAAAGGGGACAGGAGCCGGUUCGGUCGACCCUGUACUUACAGUAGCGGAGGCACUCAUAGUACUGUAACUGUAAUUCGGUAAUAAUGCCCAAAAUCAAUCAUAUUGUCAUUGUGGGCGCUGGCCCUUCCGGCCUCCUACUAGGUGUCAUGCUUGCCCGUAAUACGGAUAUCAAGGUAACCAUCCUCGACGCCGAUACCAAAAUCAACGACAAUCCCCGUGCUGCCCACUACGCGCCCUCGGCCAUUUAUGACUUCCACCGAGCCGGCAUAAUAGACGAUGUACGGAAGGAAGGCUUCACUCCGAGGGGCGUCUGCUGGAGAUUGAAGGACACCACCUUCCUCGCUGGCAUGGGCCGCGAACCUGAGGACUCCAAGUAUGCCAUGGCCGUAUUACCCCUGGAUCGCUUGGGCCCUUUGCUCGUGCGCCAUUUCGAGAGCUUGCCAAACACUCAAAUCCUCUGGGGCAACAAAGUCGUAGGCGUCGAGCAGGACGAGAAGGAAGCGCGCGCCGUUGUCCGCACAUCCGAUGGACAGGAGAAGAAGAUCGGAGGAGAUUAUCUUGUGGGAGCCGACGGCGCUUCAAGCGGUGUACGGCAAGCCUUGUUUGGAAAGGAGUACCCUGGAGAGACUUUGGACAAGCAGAUUGUGGCUACAAAUGUCUAUCUUCCCUUCGACGAGCGGUUCGGUUACUGGGACUCCAACUUCAUAGUUCACCCAACCGAUUGGUACAUGGCUGCCAAAAUCACAAAGGAUGGGUUAUGGAGAGUCACCUAUGGUGACGAUGCAAGUCUUUCUCGUGAGGAGAUCAUCAAACGGCAACCUUUGCGCUACGAGCAAAUCCUGCCAGGAAAUCCGAAGCCCGGUGAUUACAAGCUCGUUAGCAUGAGUCCGUACAAGCUCCAACAACGUUGUGCACCCAGCUUUCGAGUUGGGAAGAUCGUACUCGUGGCUGAUGCAGCGCACUUGUGUAAUCCAUUCGGCGGAUUAGGGCUUACGGGCGGAUUCGCAGACGUCGGCUCCCUUUAUGAUUGCUUGGUCGGCAUCCACGAGGAUGAGCUAGACGAGGAUAUUCUCGACAAGUACAGCGAGAUCCGCAUGAAGCUCUGGCGAGAGAUGAUCGAUCCUAUGUCGCGGGCGAACUUCCACCGUCUGUGGGAUGAGAAUGCGAAGAAGGAACGAGAGGAGUUCUUCGCCAUGUGCGAGAAGGCCAGCGACGACCCUGUGUGGGGUAAAAGUGUUGCAGAAUCUAUUUUUGCGAUACGGCAUGACUUUACGCAGUACUACAAGAGUAAGGCAAAAGCGGCCAACGGAGCUUAGGGUUCGGUUUGUACGACAGUUUCCUUCACCUGGGUAGAUACUCUGGAGCAUUCAUGAUUUAACGUUGGAUAUGGACCAUCUGCUUGAAUCGAAACAUUGCCAUCUCUUCUAUACUCAUCAAUCUGUAAAUCUAACUGUCCCACCAUUCAAUUGCUAUCUCGCUAGUUGCAUUGCCUUUAUCAAUCAGUAUACGCACG